AUGAUUUUUCGACACUGUAUCUGCAGCAGCAGAUCGCCACGCGCACCACUCACUACACGGAGAUGGAUAUCGACAACGUCACUGGAAGGCCUAGCACGGCCAGUCCAGUCUUACAUCUCGACAUCGCGCGACCCAUUCCUGAAUCUCUCCAUCGAGCACUUCCUGCUGCAAAAGACUGACCCAGAGUCCGCCGUGCUUUUCUUGUACGUGAACAGGCCAAGCAUCGUCAUUGGAAGAAAUCAAAACCCAUGGCUGGAAGUCAAUCUUGCCUUGUUGAAUAUCAGCAAUGGCCUGCCUGAAAGUGACCCUCCUGGCCUCGGAGUCGUUGAUCUUGUCCGUCGACGCAGUGGAGGCGGUACCGUCUUCCAUGAUGAAGGCAACGUCAACUGGACUGUUAUCUGCCCAUCUACUUCCUUCACCCGCGACAAGCACGCUGAGAUGAUGGUGCAUGCAUUGAGACGCCUUGGCGUAGACAGAGCACGAGUCAAUGCCCGUCAUGACAUAGUCUUGGACCAAGGACAGCAGGGAGCUGAGACUGAUCCAGAAGAUACUCAUAGUACCCCGUACGAGGCCAACAACUUUGACACGCCGCGGCCCUUGAAGGUCUCUGGCUCGGCAUAUAAGCUCACCAGGGGUCGCGCGUUGCAUCAUGGAACAUGUCUGCUUUCCAGUCCAAAUCUCAACGCAAUACCUCACUAUCUACACUCGCCAGCGAAGCCGUAUAUGACGGCUCGCGGUGUGGAGAGUGUGAGCUCUCCGGUUGGCAACAUUACACUGGGUAAUGAAGACUUCAUAAGUUCCGUGCAAGCACGGUUCGCCGAGAAGUAUAAUUGUUCGAAGCAGAAUCCUGCAAUAGAGGUCGGAGAAGAGUGGCUUGACGAAGACAGUGUUCGCAAAGGCUACGACGAACUUCGAUCCGAUGCAUGGACAUACUUGCAGACGCCUCAAUUCACCAUCUCCACAGAGUCGGACGAGGGCAUCGAUAUCGAUCUAGAACUUUCCGUCCGCUAUGGUGCUAUCAACGGUAUUACCGUUGACACGGAGGCUGUUCCAUCGGAGCCCGACAAGGGCCUCUUGGGGCUGAAGUUGCACGAGAUCACGUCUUGGGAUUCGUCAAUCAAUGACGAGAGGGCACUUCGCCAGCUGCAAACAUCGCGGAGAACGCGUCUUGUCGAGUGGCUAGAGCACAAAUUACCUAUAAUCAACUAG